AUGUCGUACUUGUACGCAACGCCGACAUCGGCUGCGGGCAACGAUCCGCGUUCCAACGUGAUCUACGCCCUGGCGAGGCUGAAGGAAAAGUACCCGGAGACCAUCAGUUGGGAUGAACUCCUUGCGUACGUCCUACCAGCACAUCAGCGGGCCGAUCAAGACCAAAUCGUCAAAUUUCGCACAUUCCUCAAUGUCAAUCCCAAAGUCAACUACGAUGCGGCGGCGGACACUUACAAGUUCAAACCGACAUACAACAUCGCCUCUGCCGACGACUUGCUCAAGUACCUCCAAAACCAGGGUUCGGCCCUGGGCAUCAGCGUGCGCGACCUGAAGGAUGGCUGGCCCGAUGUUGAAGAAACGAUUGACCGCCUGGAAGCCCAACACAAACUCCUGGUGGUACGGAACAAAAAGGACCAUCACCCACGCAUGGUCUGGCUCGAUGACCCGACUCUGGUGGCGCCUCUGGAUCAAGAAUUUAAGGACAUCUGGUUACAGAUCCCGCUGCCAUCGGUCGAAGACACGAUUAAGGAACUACGUCGCAUGAACCACAAGUCUACCGGAGAACCUGCACGACCAGACACGGCCACGAGACCAAAGGAGAAGAAGAAAAAGGUUCGGCGUGGUCAGAAGAUCACAAACAUCCACAUGCAGGGCUUGUUCCGGGAUUACUCCGAGAGGAGACCUCAGGGUGGGAAGUAG